UAGCAUUGGUUAUUGACUCUGAGCAGCUCUGGACAAUGAAUACCGCAGAGGUUCUUGACUUUCGGGAGCUGGAGAGAGAGCUGGCCAAUGCCGUGGCUGCAGACGAGAAGUACCAGAGGGAGAAUGAUGCCAAGUUCCGUGCCAUCCAUCAGAAAGUGGCAUCUUAUGAGGAGUUCAGAGAUAUUGUACUUGCAUCUAACCUGAAACCCUUGGAGCGGAAGGACAAGAUUGGAGGAGAUAGGAAGCAGCCAUGGAAUCCAACUGCCUCAACAAGCGGCUCAUCCAGAGAGGCAGUUUGUACCGUAUUACAGAAAAGUUUAAACCCACAUACUCUGUAGACUGGCCACUGAUUUAAUGCGUUUGAAUUCACCCGUGAGUGGCGCAGGAUAGACGCAAAGAAAAGAUACGACUUCCUCCUGCAGAUCGGAGCUGAAAAACUGUCCCUCAUUUUCCAUGCGGAGGUGUGCUCGGCACUCUUGGGAGACAUCCUUCAGGUACUGGAGGAGAACCUCCAGGGAACACAGUGGCAGGAAGUGAUGGACAUCUUGAAUUGCCUGGCACAGACAAAACGUUUUGACCUCAACCUGGUCUUCCUCAGUAAAGCUGAACAGGGAAGCUGCAGGGACUUAUUUGGGAAGCUAAAAAGUAUAUCCAAUGAGGAAAAGGAUACUGAUGUUAAAAACAGUUCAACGCUGAUCCAUCUUAUGUCUCUUUAUAAAGUCACAGAAUAAAGCAUAUCAA